AUGGGUGUGAUACGGCUUCCCAACUUGUCUAGGAUCCUGUGUUUUUCUUUUCACAUUAUUCUCAUUCUGCUUCAACAGACUACUGCAGCACGAGAACUGAAGUUUGUGGUUGUACUUUUCCGACACGGUGACCGAACACCAAUUGUGAACUUUCCAACUGAUCUACACAAAGAAAGUGAAUGGCCCCAGGGAUUUGGACAGCUCACCAAGACUGGAAUGCAGCAGCUAUUUGAACUUGGACAGUACAUGAGGAAACGAUAUUCCAGCUUCUUGAACAGCACAUACAACAGGCAAGAGUUUUACAUCCAAAGUACAGAUUAUGAUCGCACUAUUAUGAGUGCCCAGUCAUAUCUUUCUGGCCUCUUUCCACCAACUAGCAGCCAAAUUUGGAACCCUGAUCUUCUCUGGCAACCCAUUCCAGUCCACAUUUUUCAUAAAACAGCAGAGCAGAGGCUGAACUUCCCUCUGCCCAACUGUCCCCGUUUUGAUGAACUCCAGCAUGAAACACAAACAUCUAAAGAAUUUCAAAGUAGAAUACAACCAUACAUGGAUUUUUUGCAAACAAUGGCAGUUAACACAGGGCUUGAAUUAAAUCACCUUAAAAUACUGGACAAUUUCCAGCUCUGGAAUACAUAUGACACUCUUCAUUGUGAGGAUAUUCAUAAUUACACUCUCCCUGUAUGGGCCACUAAAGAUGUAAUCAACAAGAUGGAAAAACUGGCAGAAUUGGCUUUACUCUCAUUAUUUGGCGUUUAUAAAACAGAAGAGAAAUCACGACUACAAGGAGGUGUCCUUGUGAAUAUUAUUUUAAACAGUAUUAAACAAGCUGCCAAUUCUUCAAAACCAACAAAAAUGGAAGUCUACUCUGCACAUGACACCACAGUUGGGGCUCUCCAGAUUGCUCUCAAUAUUUUCAAUGGAAAACUGCCACCAUAUGCUGCUUGCCAGUUUUUUGAACUCUACCAAGAAAGCAAUGGGCAAUAUAGCAUCGAAAUGCAUUAUCGGAACGACACUUCAAAGGAUCCUUAUCUCCUCACUUUGCCAGGGUGCACCUCUUCUUGUCCACUUGAGAAGUUUGCUGAACUAGUUUCUCCUGUGAUUACAGAAAACUGGUCAAAAGAAUGUGGGAAGAAAGACAAAAUGAAAGAUAUUUUUAUCGGAUUUAAUGUUGCUGUUGGCUUCUUGUCCCUUUUUAACCUUGUACUGCUCUACCUCCUUUAUCAUUAUGGACGCUGCAGGAGCAGAAACAGCUACCAAGACAUUUAAAGUGGAGGUAAAAAAGUGAAAGUGAGAGCAGCUAGACAUCAAGGAAUACUUGAAGUUGCUGAUACCCACCAGUUUGCUUUGGUCAAGAUAAUCUCCAAAGCAUAUUCAAUCAACUUGAACAACUGAGGUAUCUGUGGCCUAAAAUUCUACACAUCUGCAGUAAGAAAUACUGUAGAAAUAUGUUAUUUCAGGAAUUACUGGAUGGAUGGAAUUACUCCAAUUUAUAUCUUUAUUCUACUACUACUAUUAAUCAAUCUCAUAUCAACCAAUGGGGUGAAGGAAUGCUAUUGCAUAUGGUUUUUUUUAUAUUGCCUAUUACCAUUUAGCUCUGUGCUGCUCAACAAGCCUUUCUUCAAAACUGCAUUCUGUAAUAUUUACCUUACUUCCUAUAAAUGGCUAUUUUGCUGAUGCACAGGAAAAUAGUUGUAGUGAGCAAAAGUUGCAUUACUGUAUGAAAAAGACUCAUACCAGCAUUUGAACAUACUGUUCCUGCAUUUAUUAAUGCAAAUUUAUGCAUGAGUUUUGACCUUGGUCUUCAGCUAAUAAGUCUUCAGCCUGCUCUUUAAAGGAGUUACACCUCUAUAGCUCUUACUGAAAUUAAUAGAACUGGAUCAUCUCUGUCACAUAUCCAGGCAUCAAGCAAGAAGCUUAGUGCAACAGCACCUUGGCCAGUGUCUGUAACUUCACUAAUAUGGAUAAGUAAAUAUAUUAAAAUCUAUUUUCAGCUGCUACACUGUUUUCCUAUUUUUCUGAGUUCCCAGUCAUGAAUGAUCCUUUGCUCUGCAUUUUUUGAGCCACUCUUAGAAUAAUUCCUCAAGCUAUCACUCUCUUUGUUAUCUUUUAUUUUAAAUCAUAAUAACUCCUUGCUCUGUUUACAAUACUAUAUGUUAGCAAGAAAUACACUAAAAGUAAGA